UCAUUUUCCUCAUUUGUGGUUCCAUGCCAUUUCGGCUUAGAUGAUUAUUGUUUGUUUUGAUUUUGAAAAAUAUAUUUUAAUACUGCCACUAUUUUGGGAUCCACUAUUAAGAAGGUAAUCCAGCACAAAACACGUCAAAGGAUCCCGAUUGACAUUAAGUCUACUAAUAGCAUAAUUAUGUUUCUUGAGAUUUCAGAAUAAUGCCAGAGGGUGAAGAUCCUUAUGCUGUAGCAGCUAAAGGAAAACUGAAGCUGAAAUGCGACACUGGCAUCAAAAAGAAGAAAAAGAAGAAGGAUAAGAAACUGAUCGAAACAGCGGUUAAAACGGUUGAGACAGAAGAGCAGGUACAACAACAGCCAAGACCACAACAAACCAAAACAAAAGCAGAGUUGGCUUUCCUUCAACAACAGGAAAAAAUGAAAACAAAGAGAAUAUUAGAAAAGGCAUCUCAAACCCACAAGGAAAGAGUUGAAAAGUUUAAUCAACAUUUGGACAGCUUGACAGAGCACUUUGAUAUACCUAAAGUUUCAUGGACAAAAUAAAACAUCUAUUUAUGUAAUUAUGUAUUUAAAUAUAGUGUAUAAUCUUAAGACAUAAAUUAUAAAAUAUUAAUCAUU